CGCUUACCACUACCCCCAGCCCUCGUCGAUGCCCGCCACUUCGAUGUCCUACGCCCCCCAGACCGUGUAUGCGCCAUUUCGACCGGAGAGCAGCGGGUAUCACGUAUCACAGACCGGUCGUGGUACGGCGAAGCGGCCCAGUAUGGAGGCGGAAAUAAAGCAGCUGGAUUUUCUUUUCCCUGGCAUCCCUGCUUUCUGUUCUCGCGCCUGUUGUCGUUUCGUCUGGACUGUCAUAUCCCUGCAUCCGUGUGAUUUACUGCCUGUUUUCUUUCCCUUGUCCUAUAUCCCCAUCAUCUUGGAGAUCCUGCGGUCGAUCAUCGUUGUCGCGCAUCGACGAUAGAUGAAAUGAGACCCUGCGAAGGCCGGUCUCUCGGGCAUUGUCUGAGCUGCCUCCAUUACAUCAAGGUACCCGAACUUUGUUGCCCAGGGAUCGCCGGCCAAUCACGGGUCUUCCGCCGGCCGCGUUUGUGGCGCCUGAUCGACUUCCAGCCCAGGCGACCUCGGGAGCGCUAGGCCUGUCCUGGCCUAGCGCGCUGUCUCAGGGCGUCUUUGCCUAGACGGGCCUAGCGCCGGCCGAGCUCUUCCAGGCCCAGAGUCACG